GGAACAUUAUGAGAGCGGAGCUUGUUGUUUCCAGUAAGACAGGUCGGAGUGGGACACAUUACUUCCGUGUACACAAGGUCGUGUCUCCCGACUGUGGGGUAAAAAGCUUUUAUUUUACACAAAAAAAUAUGUCUGCAGUCAUUCGUGCCCUCGUGACCCUGUUCUUACAGGCACCAAAACAUGCAGUUAAAAGUCUGGGUUUUGUUGGAUCAAAUGAGCUGGGGGUUGCCGCUGCUCCAGCAGGGGUCCGGCUAGCCCAUUCAGAGCCAGACUUUUCUGACUACCGCCGACAGAAUGUUUUGGAUUCUAAUAAGUCAUCCCAGGACAGCAAUGAGGGCAGACGGGCAUUUUCCUACCUUGUUACUGGUGCAACCACUGUGAUCGGUGUCUACUCAGCCAAGACAGUAAAAACAAACAAAAAACUGGGUAGUCACCCAGUUCAUCUCAUGAGUGCAUCAGCCGAUGUCCUGGCCUUAUCCAAGAUUGAGAUCAAGCUGAGUGACAUCCCACAAGGCAAAAACAUGACCUUUAAGUGGAGAGGAAAGCCCCUGUUUGUUCGACAUCACACAGAAAAGGAAAUUGCCACAGAAGCAGAUGUAAAUAUUGCAGAGCUGCACGACCCCCAGCAUGAUAAAGAUAGAGUGAUUAACCCAAGCUGGGUCAUUGUCCUCGGUGUGUGCACUCAUUUGGGCUGUGUUCCCAUUGCCAAUGCCGGGGAAUAUGGUGGUUACUACUGUCCUUGCCAUGGCUCCCACUAUGAUGCCUCAGGUAGAAUAAGAAAGGGACCUGCUCCUCUGAACUUGGAGGUUCCCUACUAUGAAUUUCCAGAUGAUGAUACGGUUGUGGUUGGAUAAAUGCUGGCACUCUGUCAGAUUCCCCUUUGUAAUUUGUAUGUACAGAUCACAUUGGGGGCAUCAAAAUGUAUAUUUAAAAUAAAAUUCCAACAGAU